AUGGCCAACUCUUAUUCCCAUUGCUAUUUGCCUCGGUUCGCGCCCGCCAUUGACGGGCCCAAACGCCCUGUCUCGAUGAAGAUGAAACCCACGUCCUCACAACAUGCGCAGUUAUUCACCGCGUGGCAGGAGGGACGAUUGGGAUCUGUGAUGCAGGCCACCUGGGCCAUGGUCCUGCAUUACUAUAUUCGCUCUGAGCACAUCUGCUUCGGAUACCAGCACAUUGACGGAGACUCCAUCUCCUCCCGGCAUCCGGUCCCACAGCCGGAUUCCAUGAAUAUGGACACGUUUGAAGUCACCAUUGACGAGAACGACUCGAUUCGAACUAUCCUAGACAGAGCGCAAGCUCAGCGCGAAAAGGUCGCGCAGCACGUGGACGACGAGGAGAUCUCUGAGAAUGGAAUGCUGCCUUUCAACACUAUCUUGAUGCUCCGGACAUAUCGAAAGGCAAAUGAUCCGCCAUCCUCACCAAUCUCCCAGCAACCAAUGCUAGCAACGGCCCUCCCAGAUCAGUGCCAAGUACGCCUCCAUGUGAAGGUAUUGCGCCGAGAUGUCAAAAUCUUCCUGGAAUGGCGAAACGGAGAGAUGUCUGGGGAACAGAUGAAGAGCGUUGCCUACGCCUUUGAGCAGAUAUUGGAACAUACUCUUUCUGCUGAGAACAUCGCUAUUAGCCAGCUUAAUUUGUUCUCCGAGAAUGACUUGAACCGCAUACGUCAAUGGAACUCGCACACACCGAAACUUUAUGACCGCACGAUUCAUGACGCGAUUCACGACCAGACACUCAGUGGACCCGAUCGAGAAGCUGUGAGUGCGUGGGAUGGAAGCUUGACAUAUGGAGAGCUUGAUUCGCUAGCUACAAAGCUGGCAUGUCAUUUGCGCAUUCGGGGUGUUGGGCCUGAAUCGCGCGUUGCGCUCUGCUUCGAUAAAUCGAAAUGGAAUAUUGUUGCAAUGCUUGGCGUGAUGAAGGCGGGCGGCGCUUUCGUCCCGUUAGAUCCGACCCACCCAACAUCUCGCUUGCAACAUUUGAUCGAGUCCGUCAAGGCUACGAUCAUUCUGUGCUCUACUUCUCGCGCCGCAGCUUUGCGUGAUGCAGCAGAGACAAUCAUUCCGCUUUGCGCCGAGGGACUCGAUGAGUUGCCGGGUUCCGAGGUGGAAGUUGACCUUGCGUCGGGUGUCACCGGUCAAAACGCUGCCUAUGUGCUCUUCACAUCAGGGUCAACGGGAGAGCCGAAGGGUACCUUGCUGGAGCAUCGCGCGUUUCUCUCAAGCGCGAUCGCUCAUGGCCCAGGAUUGAAGAUCUUUCGCGAGACGAGAGCGCUUCAAUUUGCUGCGCAUACAUUCGACGCGAGCCUGGCUGAAUCACUCACACCACUCAUUCAUGGCGCAUGUGUCUGUAUUCCGAGCGAGGAGCAGAGACUAAAUGACAUUGUAGGAUUUAUCAACGAGCGCCGGGUAGAUCAGGCAUGCUUUACUCCGUCAUUUAUCAAAUUCGUCGACAUUGAAAGUGUGCCUAGCCUGAAGUCCCUGGUCCUGGCUGGGGAGGCAAUGUCACAAUCUCAACUGGAAACAUGGUCGAAAAUUGAAUUGAUCAAUGGCUACGGGCCAACCGAGGCCAGUGUCGCAUCUGUUCUGAAUUCGAAUGUCUCACCCGCCACCGAUUGCAAAGACAUCGGAUUACCGGUCGGUGUUCGCGUUUGGUUGGUGAAUCCUGAAAAUCACGAUCAGUUAGUUCCCGUGGGCUGCCCUGGAGAACUUCUACUUGAAGGUCCUACGCUCGCCCGUUGCUACGUGAACAAUCCCGAGAAGACAAAUGACGCGUUCAUUUACGAUCCUGCGUGGGUGAAAAUUGACCCCGCGGAAGGUUCAAACCGGAGAUUCUACAAGACUGGUGAUUUGGCCAGAUACAACUCUGAUUCCGGAGCUUUGAACUACGUUGGUCGCAAAGAUACUCAAGUCAAGGUUCACGGCCAACGGAUCGAGCUGGGUGAGAUCGAGACUCAGUUGAGUAAGGACAGUCUCGUCUCCCAUUGCUGUGUCCUGUUCCCAAAGAGCGGUUUCUCGAAAGGCAGGCUCACAGCCGUCAUUACCUGCUUGGCCCUCGCUGAAAAGUCGGAUACCGACCUCGAGCCACUCCGUUUGCUUCUGAGCACUGAGAAGUCAAAGAUUGUAUCCGGGUUGCGCGAACGGUUAUCUGCACGUCUUCCGACUUACAUGGUCCCUCCUGUCUGGCUCUGCGUCGAAGCUAUGCCAUUUCUUCCAUCUAGGAAACUUGAUCGAAAAAGCAUUGCUGGAUGGGUGUCGAAUAUGGAGCAGGAUCCUGAUGUCGUCGCUGCGUCUUGCGGCGUUCAGGCUCCGCGUCAAGUGAUACCACCAGCAAACGAAAAGGAAGACGCACUGGUCGCAAUCUUCAGCCGUGUCCUGAAUGUGCCACAGACCCAUGUCAACUUGGAUGAGAGCUUCCUCUCAAUGGGCGGAGAUUCUAUCGCUGCGAUGACUUGCAUUGGAAUGUGCAAGAAGAGUGGCCUCUCAUUGUCUGUCCAAGAUGUCCUUCGUAGUAAAUCUAUCCGAGAGAUGGCCUCGCGGGCUCGAGCCAUUGACCGGAUGGCAGUGUACGAGGAGGCUGUUGACACGCCAUUCAAUCUGUCCCCCAUUCAAGUACUUCAUUUCGGUGUUCGCAAAGAAGGCCAAGGUCAUUUCAACCAAGGAAUCGUUACGCGCCUCAACAAACCUUUGACCGAGAAAGCACUACGCCAGGCGAUUGAAGCUCUCAUUUCUCAUCAUUCGAUGCUUCGAGCUCGAUUUGCGGACUCUGGAUCUGGUACAGCCUCGACACAACGCAUCACUGAAGAUGUGAAGGGAUCAUACCGGCUUCGAGCUACAACUGUUUCAACCAUGGAUCAAACGAAGCAGUUCAUCGGAGGCAGUCAAACUUGUAUCAACGCCUUCACUGGCCCGCUUCUUGCCGCGGAUUACUUCAAGGUUGAACAUGAUGAGACCUACGUCCUGUCAAUGACAGCUCACCACCUGGUCGUCGAUAUCGUGUCGUGGAGGAUCAUCCUUGAGGACUUGGAAGAUCUCCUCCUGAACCCCGGAAAAGAGUUGAAAGUCAAAGCCUCCCUCCCUUUUCAAAACUGGUGCAAAAUGCAGGAAGAGCACUGCCAUGGUCUGAUAGAAGAGGGAAAAGCACCUACUACACCUCUUCCAGCAAUCGACUUCGGGUACUGGGGUUUAACGGGGAAUCAGACAACGUAUGGCGAUGUCGAUUGCGCAUCCUUUGAGAUCGACAGCGGGCUUUCCCGCAAGAUCAUGAUGGACUGUCACGAUACCUUGCGGACGGAACCAAUCGAUGUCUUUCUGGCUGCUAUGCUUCAUUCGUUUGGAAAGUCCUUCCAAGGCCGUCCUCUGCCGACCAUUUACAACGAGGGCCAUGGUCGUGAAGUCUGGGAUUCAUCUAUCGAUAUCUCGCAUACUGUCGGCUGGUUCACGAUAUUGCAGCCCAUUCUUAUCAAUAAACAGAAGUCUGAUAGCGCGAUCGAUACGCUUGUACAGGUCAAAGAUCUUCGUCGCCGUGUCUCUGACAAUGGCCGAGCAGACUUUGCAACCCGAGCGCUGAACUUCGGUAACAAGCCCGAUAGCCAGCAUCCCCACCCAUUUGAGAUGUCCUUCAACUACGUCGGUCAGCAUCGCGAUCUCCAGCGAACAGAUGGUCUCUUCCAGCUGGUAGAUCAGAUGGCUGGCGAAGCCGGACGUGGCAGUGAUGCGGCUGAUUUUGGAAAGGACGCACCUCGCUUCGGGCUAUUCGAGAUCUCCGCCAUGGUUGUCAAUGGCAAAAUUCGGUUCACAUUUUCCUUCAACAAGUUCAUGCUUUAUCAAGAGCGCAUUCAUGAGUGGGUUUCGAACUGUCGCCAGGAACUGCUGUCGCUUGCAGAUCAAUUGAUGACCGCGUCGCCUCGUCCCACCUUGAGCACUUUCCCAUUGCUUUCACUCACUUAUGGCAACCUUGAGAAAAUGAUAUCACAAAAACUACCCUCAAUCGGAGUUUUAUCAUCCGAUAUGAUAGAGGAUAUCUAUCCCUGUUCUCGCAUGCAACAGGGAAUCCUUCUUGGACAAUCUCGUGACAACUCCUUCUACGCUGUUCACGACACUUUUGAAGUUCGCAGUACUGGUUCGACCCGGCCCAACGUGGAUCGUUUGGUUCAAGCCUGGAGCCAAGUCGUAGCACGUCAUGGCAUGUUCCGUACGAUUUUUGUUGAAGGUCUUACUCCUCGAAACCCUCUCUGCCAGGUUGUUCUAAAGGAGUACGAUAUGAACCCGACCAUCUUGUUUUCCUCGAGCGAGACCGAUGUCAUUGAGAUGUUCGAAGCGCAGCCGCCCAAAGACUACAGCGACAAAACUCCUGCGUAUAGAUUCACCAUCUGCCAGACACCCGCUAAAAGAUUAUUUUGCCGCAUCGAGCUCAGUCACGCCGCUAUGGAUGGAACCUCCAUUUCAAUCAUAAUGCGUGAUCUUCAACUCGCUUACGCCGGAAGGCUUGAGGAAAACCGUCGCCCCUUGUUCAAGGAUUACAUUUCCUACCUGCAAGGCGCUGCACAGAACCCCGGUCUGAAAUACUGGCGCUCCUAUUUGUCUGAUGCUAGACCAUGUCUAUUCCCGGUCCUGAUCGAUGGCAAAAAGCCGGCUGAUAAGAGUCUUCGCUCAGUUCCGGUCAAGUUUCCAGCUCUUGCGCAGCUCCAAAAGUCCUGUGAGAAACAGGGCAUCACAUUAUCCAAUGUUUUUAAUGCUGCUUGGGGCCUCACACUACGUCUGUUCUGUGGCUCUGACGACGUCUGCUUUAGCUACAUGGCUUCACUUCGUGAUGUGCCUGUCGAUGGAGUUCAGUCGGUUGUUGGGCCUGUGAUCAACCUCAUGAUCUGCCGCAUGAAGAUCACACCCAACUCCCUCCUGAGCAAUGUCCUCGAAACAAUCCAGAAUGACUAUAUGGAAAGCCUACCAUAUCGCCAUAGUUCUCUCAUUGAUAUCCAGCACGCGCUGGCAUUGUCUGACACGUCCUUGUUCAACUCUGGUGUUUCGUAUCGUCGCCUGCCUAGUGCCCAUGAUAUUUUGAGCACAGACAUUGAGUGCUUCGAAGUUGGCUCCAUUCACGAUCCUGCUGAAUUCCCGGUGUUUAUGAAUAUAGAAGCAUCGGAUUCGGAAGCGAAGAUCGAUUUGAAUUACUGGACCAGCCAUCUGUCCGAUGCUCAAGCGGCUAACGUCGCCAACACGUACGUUAGCUGCCUGGAAAACAUUAUGACUCAACACACAACCAGCGUCAGCCAGCUUGAUUGUGUCAGCCCCCUGAACAAAUCUCAAUUUCAAACAUGGAACACCUUGAAGUCUUCAAAUUCCGUGGACAAGUGUGCUUAUGAGGCUGUCAUCAAGAUGGCAAAACAGUACCCCGACGCCUUAGCUGUUGCAGGUUGGGACGGAGACCUUACCUACUCGAAGCUAGAUCAGUUUUCCUCGAGACUUGCAAGCUACCUAGUGACUUUCGGCGUUGGUCCCGGGAGCCUCAUCCCGGUCUGCUUCGACAAGUCUGUUUGGAACAUCGUUUCCAUAAUUGCCGUUAUGAAGGCUGGCGGUGGUUGCAUCCCAGUCGAUGGUAGCGCGACCAUGGGUCUGAUCGAGAAAUGGGUCUUUGACCACUCAGUACAAGUUGCAUUGGCUUCGCCAGAGAAAUCUCACAUUCUUGACGAGGUUAUCCCCUACGUGAUUCCUGUCAGUGAGUCUCUUUUGGAUUACCUCAACGACGAGCCACUUCCAUUGACAGCAGGCCACUCUGAUCCUGCCUACGUCGCAUUCACAUCUGGAACCUCCCGUCGAUCGCGGGGUGUCGUCCUUGAGCACCGCGAGAUUAUGACACGCGCGGAGGCUUUUGCAAGCUCUCUUGGUUUGCGCGAAUCGUCGCGAACCCUCCAAUUAGCAGCCCAUACGUCAGACGUCUUCUUGCUCGAGGCUUUUGGAACAUUCUCACGAGGCGGGUGCGUGUGUGUGCCUGCUGAUAUCGAGCCAGGCAACCUUGCCGCUUCUAUCAGCGUUCUUGACGCCAACGUAGCGUGUAUGACACCAACCAUCGCGAAGCCCCUGGCUCCGCGUGAGGUGCCCAGUCUGAAGGUCCUGGCAUAUGUCGGUGAGACUCCAUCGGAAAGUUUACUGCAACGCUGGGCUGCCAACAACAGUGAACAACAUCUCUUCUUCGGUAACACAGAGGCUUCUUCGGCAGCUUUCCAUUGCAAGGUGACUGAUAAAACUUCUGAGGGUUCCCUUGGGUUUGCACUCUCGAGUGCGCCGUGGGUGGUCGAGUCAACGAAUCACAACGCUUUGGUUCCCAUUGGUGCCAUUGGUGAGCUUGCGAUUGAAGGCCCUGUUGUUGCACGAGGAUAUCUGGCUGGCACCAAAGAUGGUGAAUGCGAAUUUUUUGAGAAGCCUGCUUGGGCAUCGUCUUUCCGCGCGGCCCAAAACCGCAAGUUCCACAAGACAGGCGACCUUGUGCGAUUCGGUGUUGAUGGAUCCCUCUUUUUCAUGGGCCGGAAGACAGGGCGCAAUGCCUCCCCGGACCUCGUGGCCAUUUCCCAGGCCAUCGAGACGUUCUUCGAUAUGAAGCAGAUUUGCGUCGUCAACUGUGUUGCUCUCGGCGAGGACGAUGAAGAGGCUCUUGUCGCUUUCAUUGGUCCCUUGCGAUCUGCAAUCCGAUCCGCCGGUGACAAAUUUAUUCUUGACCCUACGGAGGAUUUUAAGACGAAAAUCGCAUCUCUUUACACUAACCUCACCAGAAAUUAUCCCACUAACAAGGUUCCUCAUGUCUAUGUUCCUAUCUCUACCGUUCCUUUGACUCCCUUUGCUAAAGCAGAUCAGCGGGCUUUGAAGACCGAGCUCGAAGCUCUUGACAUUACCACCCCAAAACUCAUUUAA